GGAGAGGGAGAGGGAGAGGGAGCACUCUCUCCGACGGAACCCAACGCAAGGAAGAGAGAACAGUGUGGGAGGCUUUACCCAAGUGUAAAGCAAGCCAAAGGCAAGCUCUGCGGGUUACUUCACCGGCGCUCAUAUACACAGGCACCACUGCACUCACUGACCAUGACCAGUGACCGCACCACACCACCUGCCCUGCCCCUGCCCUUCUUCCUCUGCAGCAGCAGCUCUUGUUCUUCACGUGCUCGUCUUCACGACGAACCAACCCACCACACGGUUUGGCUCUGGCUCUGCUAUAGAUAUGAGAUGCAGGAGGCGGGCAAGGCUCGGCAUGGGGUGGCUCCGGGCCGUGCUCUCCCCGCUCAGGAAGCUCUGGUGCCGCGUCAACGCGGUGCAGCAGCAGCGCAAGAAGAGAGGGAUCUACAUCCUGUACGACGACGUCAAGUCGUGCCAAUGCGAGGACGUGCACGUGCUGUGGUCCAUCCUCGUGGAGUCCCACGGCCUGCCGCCGCCGACCCCGAUGCCGUCGCCGCCGGUGCUUUAGCGGCCGGCCUGAAGCGAUGUCGAUGAGGUCACUGCACCCCUGAAUAAGCGAGAGGUCGAUGGAUUCAUACGCCUCGACAUGGCUGGCUGUGGGAGGUGAAUUCAAGUAGUAGUGAUUCUGAAUUCUGAUGUGUGUACAUAGGGAUAAACCGAUGUGUGUGUGUGUGUGUGUGUGUCGCCGGUGUGCUGCGCGCUGCCGCGCUCUGCUGUCGGCCUGGAUUGGCGCCUCUGUUGGAGGCUGCCGAGACGAGGAGUGGCCUGCGGCUGCGGGGGGGAAUGUAGGCUGCUGCGCGUGUCCCCUUGAUGAGUGUGGUGAUGAGCUUCUUGGAGUUGGAGCGCACCCCUCGUUCGUUUGACUUC